AGAUACUUCCGAGCAGGUUCUAUAAAUGCUUUGAUUUCAUCUCAAUUCGAUCAGUCGACAUCGCGAGUCGGUAGCUACGAGGUUGUUUCCAAUCGUAGUUGUCUUUACAUUAAGCUGCACUAGCAGAUAGCUUCCCAGCACCGAAGAUGAGCUGGCUGAUCUCAGCGGGGUUCCUCCUCCUGUCCUUAUGUGCCUACUCGAAGGCCCAGGACACGGUUUCGGCGAUGUGCCUCCCGGACGAACUGUGCACCUCGGUUGAGCGUUGCGAGAUCUCGGACGAUUCCGGUCGGAAGGGCAUUAAGCCACGCAGCUCCCGCUUUUGCGGCACCCAAAGGGUGUGCUGCGAGAAGGCUCAGCUGGAGAGCUAUGACAGAUCCGAGCUCUCACCGAUUCGAAACAAGGUAGCCAGUGUUCUGGAGCCGCCGCCGAACGAGAGCUGCGGCGUCAAUAUGGAGUGUGUGCCCAGGAAGCUGUGCCGCGACAACAUCAUCAACGACUCCGGGAUCAGCCUGAUCAAUCCGAGGAUCAGCACGAUCCAGUGCAGCAAGUCCUUGUACCGCUGUUGUGCCGUGGAUCAGAAGGUGGAUGAUAGCCAAAGCCCCUACUUGGCGAAGCAGGCGAAUUUUCAGUACAACAACUGCGGCUAUAGCAAUCCAAAUGGUCUGAUUCCCGACAACGACAAGUUCCCCUACGCGGAGGACGUUUCCCUCUUCGGAGAGUUCCCUUGGAUGGUGGGCAUCUUCACUGGCCGCCAAGAGUUCCUAUGCGGCGGCACCCUCAUCCAUCCGCGCUUGGUAGUAACCACUUCGCACAAUCUCGUCAACGAGACGGUGGACACCUUGGUGGCCAGAGCUGGCGACUGGGAUCUGAACAGCCUGAACGAGCCGUAUCCGCACCAGGGCAGCCGUAUUAAGGAGAUCAUCAUGCACUCCGAAUUCAAUCCGUACUCGCUGUACAACGACAUAGCACUGUUGCUCCUGGACGAGCCCAUCCGCCUGGCUCCGCACAUCCAGCCUCUGUGCCUGCCGCCUCCGGAAUCUCCGGAAUUGGUCAACCAGCUGCUCUCGUCCACCUGUUACGCCACUGGUUGGGGCAGCAAGCAGGCGGACAGCGACCAGCUGGAGCACGUACUCAAGCGGAUUAACCUGCCGCUGGUGGAGCGGGAAGAGUGCCAGGCGAAGCUGCGGAACACGCGACUUGAGGCUCGUUUCCGUCUGCGACCGAGUUUCAUCUGCGCCGGCGGAGAUUCCGGCAAGGACACUUGCAAGGGCGACGGCGGCUCACCGCUCUUCUGCCAAAUGCCUGGCGAAAAGGAUCGGUACCAGCUGGUGGGCAUCGUGUCCUGGGGCGUCGAGUGCGCCAUGGAAGACAUUCCGGCCGUCUACGUCAACGUGCCCUAUCUUCGCGCCUGGAUUGAUGAGAAGAUCAAAGGACUUGGAAUCGUGCUGCAAGCGCAAUAAGCCAAACCCACGGUGCAAUGAAAAGUUAAAAUAGAUAAAGGUCUUUUUAUAAUCUCAAAUUUAAGCGAAUAAAACCGACUCGAUAUGUGUAAGUCAGCGGUCAACACGAUUAGUUCAGAUUUCACUUAUUCCCUUUACUCGUAGAGUCGAUCUAGCCAUGUCCGUCCGACUCUCUGUCCGUAUGAUCCUCGAGAUCUGAGCAACUGAGCUGGAAAAAUCGCUUCUAAACAAGCAGAUUUUAAUUGUAUUGAUUUUUAAACAUAAGUCUCCAUUGAUAUAUAAAAAAUCCACUUUAACGCCCUGAAAUUGCAAAACCCUGCUGAGAUAUAUUUAUUUACAUUUUUAUACUAGGAGUGAGUAUAACAUGUUUGUUUUUCAGUGAAUUAAAAACCACUCUUCUUAUGAAUAGCA